GGCAAGAGAACAGUUCACAACCUCUUAAGAAUAAGAGGAUUAAAGUAGUUAUUUUAAAUUUAUGUAUAAACAAUACAUUCUUUCGAUCGAGAGAAAAUUAUACAUCAUAAAUUGAUAGAAUAGUGAACGAAUGGGAUAAAAUUUUGUUCUUAAGAAUAAAGGAAUCGGAUUGUUUCAAGUUGUUUUCAAAUUAUUCUAAACUGAUAUGGGCAAAUAUUUUGUACCAGCUUCAAGAAAGUUUCACAACAAUUAUUUACAUAUAAAUAUGCAGUUGUUUGGUAAAGUAACAGUCAUUCUCCUCAGUGUAUUUGCUUCGACGAGUUCAGCAAAAAAAAUUGAUCGGCUAAAGUUAAAGGUCAAACAUUUAGAAACUAGACUUAAUACCGAGUUUACGUUUAGAGACGAAGAUAUUGCUGAAAUUAUAGGACGACUAGAUGACAUAGAUAAAGUGCUAAAUGCUACAAUAGGAAAAGAACAGCCCAUUCCUUCAGUUGCAUCAAAAGCUGAUGACAUUGAUUUUGAAACUGUGGAUACAUUGAAAGAGGAUUUCACUAGACUUAGGGCAGCCUUCACUGAUGAAAAAACUGAGAUUGUAAGAUUACGACGGGAAAUUCCAAAGAUUGAAAACAAUUUGAUAUCCCUAAACAAAGAUGUUAAAGAUUAUUGCGAAGUUGCUGUAAAUAACACUGAUCAAUUAUUAACUAAUUUUGAAAAGGUCAAAGAUGUGCACAAAGACAUAAUAACACCUGAAAUUAAAGCGUUGAAAAGUAUGGCUGAACAGGUACAACUAAACACUGAAAAUGAUAUGAAAAUAUCUAAACAAAUUGAUAACAUUGAAACACUUGUUACUUUUCUAUUAAUACAUAGUGGCCACCCAUUCUCGAGUUCCCCCUGUCUUUCGUUAAAAAAAAUAAAUCAGAUGGAAAAUAAAAUUUACAAUCAUCCAAAAGGUUUUGAAAUUUACUGUGACCAAACUACUGACGGUGGGGGCUGGAUAGUAUUUCAAAGAAGACUAAAUGGUAAAACAGACUUUUAUCGAAACUGGGCUGAUUAUAAAAACGGCUUUGGUGAUCUGAAUGGUGAGUUCUGGCUUGGCAAUGAACAUUUGAGUCUACUAACAUCAGAUGGCGGACAUGAACUGAGAAUAGAUAUGGAAGAUUUUGAGGGAAACAGUGCAUAUGCAAAGUAUAGCAAGUUCAAGGUAUAUCCGGAAGAAGACAAUUACAAACUGGAGGUGAGUGGAUACAGUGGAACUGCUGGAGAUUCUCUUGAGUGGCAUAAUGGAAUGAUGUUCUCAACAUAUGAUAGAGAUCAGGACGCAUCACACUUGGGGAAUUGUGCGAAAAGUAGUCAUGGUGCGUGGUGGUAUAGUAAUUGCCACCAUUCCAAUCUAAAUGGGCAGUAUUAUAACCAGCCUGGCAAAAUAGAUAUUACUGGAAUUAACUGGUGGUAUUGGAAGAAAAAUAGAUACAGUUUGAAAAAAGUAGAAAUGAAAUUCCGUUAAGAUGAUAAACUGAGAUAUUACUAGCACAGUUAUAAAGUUUAUAAAACAAUAUGUUUGUAGUAUUUUGUUAUGUAAACUUUUAAGACAAUUUUCUUGCGAUAGCUGAUCAAGAAAAAAGACUGCACACACGCAUAGUGGAAUUACUUUCAGGUUGACUUACAUUCCAUAGUUACGUUGUUGAUUGCAAAUGUUACCUGGCAUUAAAUAAUGCCUCAUACAUACAUGUAUAUGUUUUGAUUCCAAUUCUUAAAACUUUGUGAAUAUUGCGCAGACUGUUACGCUAUCUAUAUGUGUUAUCUUAAAUUUCUUUUAAAGUAGCAAUAAGGCAGGCAAAAUGUGACUGUAGAAUUUAUAUAUAUUUAUA